AUGUCACUUGUCCAAUUCGUAACGUUCUCCUCUGCCGUAGAAGCGUCCUUUUGGCAUAAUUUAUCUACGCGUAAAAUUGACUUAUACAAACUAGACGAUGCCCCACAGAAACUUGUGGGAUAUUACACCACUGGUCAUUUUCUACAAUCACAAAAUUCCACCGAAGCAAAUAUCGCAGUACCGGCGCGUUUGUGCCUCGGAACGGGUGCUUUUUACGAGGAUAAUGACGAAUCCUUUUCGCG